GUAUUAGUCGUAUAAUUGUGAUGGUGGUGGUCUGUAGUUGAAAUGGCUACUUGUAAUUUCUUAUUGAAAUAACUAAUUUAACUAUUAUUAUUCUUACCGUGAUAAGUGGUAAUUUUUUGGGACAAAAUACGGAUCGGCAGUGUUUUUUUAUGAAAGAACAGUGAAGUAUUGAUGUAUUCACAGAACUACGUUCAUUUAUUUUUGUAGAUUAAGUAGAUCCUUUAAAAAAUGGAUACCAAUGUGACUGAAGUAUAUGAGACCAUUGAAAGUAUAGAUGUAAAUAAACAGGUCCCAUAUCAACAGAAUAUGGAUUUUUCACAAGAAAAUUUUACAAUGGGAUCUCAAAUGGAAAGUGAUGGAUUUCCUCUAGAAGAUGGUGAACAGUACAAUGCACAACCUGAAACUGCUCAGUGUAAUCCUUCUGACCAACCUAUGGAAUAUCAGGAUACUGGUCUUGAAAAUCCAUCUAAUCAGUCUUGUACAAUUGAAGAAACAGAUAUACAACAGUCUUAUAAUACCGCAGAAGAGACCCAAUUGAAACAAUCAUCUACCAUUAAUGGACUAAAUGAAGACCAAACAGUAGCAAUUGUUGAACCUGAAGUUGCUGAAAUAACUGCAGAUAGUAUCAAUGAAGAAAACUUAACUGAAGCCCCUGUUGAAAGUAAUGAAGAAGCAAUUGGUGUUAGUGUUAAUUUGAUAAAUCAAACAGCUGAAGACAGUAUUAAUCCAGUUGAAAGCAGCACUGAUUCUGGUGUAGAUAAUACUGAUCUAGUUGGGAGCUCUACCAACACAAUUAAUAGUAAUACUGAGCCUGUUGGUGAAAAUACUGAUCCAAUUGAAAAUACUAUUAAUCAAGUUGAGGGUAUUAUUGAAGAUUCUCUUAUUGAAACUGAUCUUGCCCAUUCUAAAGAUAUAUUGGAAAACAUUGAAAACAGUAAUGAAUCAAAUACCAUUAAUGAAAGUAUAGUGAAAGAUACUAUCGAUGAAUACACUGAAAAAACUGAUGAAGUAAUCAAUAAUAAUACAGAAAAUGAAAUACUAUCUGCCAUUGAGGAUAAUGCAGAUUCAACUGAGGAGAUAAUUCGUUUAGAAAUAGAGGAGGAAAGCCCUUUGAAACCCAAUGAAGAGGCUGAAGGUGAUACAGCAGAACAUAUUGAGUUGACCCAGUUAAAUGCAUAUGAAGGUGUAAUGGAUUCACAGGAUCAGUAUAUGGUAGUUCAAACGUCCUCAUCGGUAGAUUUAUCAGCUCAAGAAGACCCUGACGAUUCUUCUGUACAGCUAGUGGAAGUUUAUGAGGAAACCCCUAGAGAUAAGCAAGAUAAAGUGCCCCAGAAAAAACCAAGAAGGACUCGUAAACCUAUUCACGAAUUACCCAUGCAUCUGAUAGGACAUGACAUUUCAAAACCAGUUGAAAGUGUUCCAAAUGGUAGGGCGUUGCCAAAACCUCGUCUAGGAGUCAAGGUACCUUAUCUCAAUUUGACCAGCCAAAUAGUCUCCAAAGCAGAAUUAGAGGAAGAGAUUUUGGAACGUUCUAGAGCAAAAGAGCAAGCUAAUGAAAAUAAAUUUGCCAGAGGAUUAACACAACGUCUAGCAAAUAAGUUAGCUCCGGACGAUAAUAAAAAGUACACAAUAUCUAAAGAAAACAAUAAAAAACCCGAUAAAGUGAAAAAAGACACAAUCAAAAUGGAAACAAAAAGUGAAGGAUCUAAUAAUUCUAUUAAUGUGGAUGAAUCCAAGAUCCAGAACGAUGAUGAUUUGUUGGCCAUUUUGGAAGGAGAUGGGGAAGAAAUACCACUGAUGGAAAAAGUUCAGGAUCCUGCAGUUGACGAUAGCAACUUGAAAUUGAUAGAACGUGAAAUAGCUCUGCAACAACUUCAAGAACUUCCACGUCAACUUCCAAAAGAAAGGAUAAUUAAACCAAGAUUUCCAAGACAGGAUCCUAAAGCAAAAACUGCAAAUACCGCUACGAAAAUUUCUGCUUCUAAACCAAGUUCUCCUGUAAAAUCUGACACACAUUCUAAAACUGAAACUGGUCCAGCUGCUAAGACAGAUACUACAAUAAAAAAAUCUAUUUCUUCUAUAGAUUUGGACGUUCCACUUCCCGUGAAAAAACUCGUUGAAAUAGAGCCCCAAGUAAAAGUUAACAUGGUACUGAAAACUUAUUCAAGGAAACGGAAACCGACGGAUAUGCCAGAAUUCGAAAGUUCAUCUCCUAAAAAAUCUUCAUUCGAAGAUCCAGAUUCGAAUGAGAUCUUUGAAAUGAAAAACGACCCAUUAGCACUACCGACAGACGUUUAUGUCACGAAAAGUUCCAGGGUUAUUAAAAAGAAAGUUAUAUGGGAUCCCGAUGAUGACCAACAUUCAAAAAGCCCGAGACCUUCAUUAAAAGUUCCUGACAGCAAUAAAACUUCAACUCCUAAGAUUACAAAAUCGGUAUCUAGUGAAAAACUCGAAAAAAUUGAUAAGAAGCCAACAGUAAUUCAAAUGGAGAAGAGUAAAGAAUCGAAAGAGAAACAGUCCGAGAAAAGUGAAAAAAAUUCACCAAAGAAAAUCGUCAGUAAAACUAAGCUUACUCCAAAAUCUAAGAGAGGUCUUUCUGAAGUUGAUAAAUUGCUAAUGGACGAAGGAGCGAUAAAAAUGUUAUACGAACUCAAAGGUUCUGAUGAACAUUUGGCUAAGAAAAAGAAGGAUGUAUAUUCAGUAGAAAAAGCCGAAAAGGAGUUACUCAAAAGAGCCAACGUUCUCAAAAACGAUCUAGUACAAAAUACCAGUAACGAAUCUCCAAAAUCGUUGAGGAAAAAAGAAAGCGCGCCGAACACUUCUCCUCCCGUUAAACAACCACCAGCCAUAAUUGAAAGGAAAAUGUCCAAAGAUUCGACGAAAAGUUCCGUCCACACACCGCCGAGAUCCCCAACUUUCUACUCGUCACAAGCAUCGAUGUUGAUAAGAAGAAGAUCCAGCAGUUCUAUAUCAAGUGAAGAAGAACUAGAGGAAAAUAAAGUAAGUUACAAGUCAAUGAAGACUCCAAAGAAAUUGGACUCUUCAAAAUCGAGAAAACAUAAAAGGAACACUACUAGUGAGAGCGAGUCCAGUGUCAAAGAAUCGAAAGAAAAUUCUACAGAAUCCAUACCGAAGGCAAUCAAAGGGGCACAGUAUAAAUCAUUUACAAUGAAGAAAUCUGGUAAACAUAUAUCCAUAGAUUUGCAUUAUGUUGAUGACAAAGGUUACUUUACCAUCGAUGUUUUGGCUGAUCUUACUGCUGCCUUAAAGAAGCUAGAAAAAGAUAAGGAAUGUAACGUGGUAUCGCUCACAUCUUCGAGCACAGCUUUUUGUUUAGGUCUCGAUUACACAUCUUUGGUAACAGAUGAUAAAAAAGAAAGGAUAGAGAAAGCGACUACUUUAGCGGAAAGCGUUAGGGACUUCUUAUUGAGUCUCCUCCACUUUCCGAAAGUUAUAGUUGCUGGCAUACAGAGCGAUUGUGUAGGAAUAGGAGUAACAAUGUUAUCUCUAUUCGACACUGUUAUAGCUAGUGAUAAAGCCAUAUUCAGAACUCCUUACGCCAGCUUAGGAUGUAUGGGAGAAGCCACAUUCCUUUUAACAUAUCCCCAUGUAAACAAUUGUGGAUUGGCUGCAGAGUUGUUAUACGCUAAUCAACAUUUAAAAGCCGACGAAGCGUUUAAACGUGGACUGAUCUCAAAGUUAUGUUGGCCCGAAAAGUAUAAAGAUACAUUGGAUAAUUUCGUUUCGUCUAUUGCGCAAGGAUCUCGACAGAGCUUGGAAACUACAAAAAGACGGUUCCGAGUGAACGGACAGGAUCGGAUCGAAACAGCUAUAAAGGACGAAAUGGAAAUUCUGAUCCAACAUUGGACGAGUUCAGAAUGUCAGGAUAAAUUUUCGAAAAUCGAAAAGUAAAAUUGGAAUAGUACUUGUUGAAUAUUUGGAUUUGCGGUACAAAACAAAAAUUUAUUGUAGUAAUAAAGUGUGAAAAGGAAAAUGCUUCAAACAAAAAUAUUUUUUUAUAUUUUCAUAAAGUAGAAAUUAAGUCACCAUAUUGAAUAAUAUCCUUUUUUUGGGUAUUAUUAUCUAGAUUAUAUCGUAGUACUAAAUAAUUGUUUGUUUUUAGUAUAAUUGAAAUAUUGAAAUUUGACUGUUUUUUAGCACGGUAGCCAAAACAAAAAUAUUUCCAAAGAUCGGUGCAAUUCUUUAAACAGCAUAAUUAAACUGUCUAAGAUGUGUUAACAGAAAUUAACACAAUAAAAUAAUUAUUAGUGUGUUUCAAGAAAGUUGCAGUGAGCUUAAAAAGAAAUUUAACUUGUUAUAAAGUUUGCAAUAAUCCUAGAUAUAAAUUUCUAAUUCAAAUCUUUAUAGUAUAACAAGUGAAACUACUUUUUUUACUGAAUUUAAUCUUAUUCUUUCUAUGGACUUCCAGCCUGACUCACUUAAGUAGCAACUUUUAUACUGUCUCAAUUUUAUUGAUCUCUAACAAUUGAAAUUCGUUUUACAAAUUUCGGCUCGAAUGACCAGCGCUGUGUAUAUAGCUGGAAACCUCUCCUUUCAGCUCUUCGUCGGUUGUGAAAUGCAUCCCUCCCAAUAGUUUUUUUAAGUCGGGGAAGAAAUCCUAACCCCUGGUGGCCAAGUCUGGGCUGUAAAGGGGAUAUGACACUAUUUAAAUCUGUAGAUGUGAUUCGUGGGGUGUGCGGUUACAGUCCAUUUGUGAGCAUGCAUCUUCUCUUGUUUUGAAUCGUGCGCCGAAGGUCCUUCAACGUCUGUCGGUAGUGGUCCGCAUUAAUUGCACCGGUACGUAGGAAUUCGCACAACAACAACCCUUUCCUGUUCCAAAAGACCCUCGCCAUCACCUUGUUGGCAGACAGAAUUGGUUUAAACCUCUGGCUUCAGCUAGCUUGGAUGUUUCCACUGAUGGGAUUUUUCUUUUGUUUCCGGUGUCAGGUAGUGGACCAGAUUUCGUUCCCAGUGACGACAGAGUCCAAAAAUUCCUCGCUAUCUUUGUGGACUUGACUUACUUAAUUCUAUUACCUAAGCAGCAAUUUUUAUAGUGUACCCAAUUUAUUGAUCUUGAACAAUUGAGGUUCGAUUAAUAUAUUCCGGCUCGAAGAACCAAUUAAUUUUGACAACUCUUGAUAUAAUUGGAACACUGUUGGUAUUCUUACUACUCAUUAGUUUUUAGCAAACCAAUCAAUAAUAGUCUUUUUAAAAAUGUUCUUUGCAGUCUAAAGCUUUUGUUUAAGUACUCUUCUUAUCAAAAUACCAUUAUUGACAGGAAAUUUUUUUCUUUAAUUUUUAAAAUAACGUUUUUUAUGUUUUGUAUCAGUAGGUAGUAAAAUUCCAAGUUUAUUAACGGUUUGAAUAUCUAUACUUGGUUUAAAUUAAGAUUGAUUGGACAACUCUUUCGUUUCGUUGAAAUAAUUUGAAGAAAGCUUCGUAUUAAUUAUUUUAUACCUAAAACAUGAGAAAUUAUGAACUAUAGAUGAAACUAAUUAGAUUUUAGGUAAUAAUAAAACAAAGGACCAAUACAUUUUUUAUACUAAUCAAAGCUAGAACCGUUUUAAAAUCAAAGAAUUAAUUAUUGUGCCUUGCUAAUAUCUUUACGUUAUUUACUAUCUAAAAUUAUAUAGUAUCUUUCAUUGGUUUAUACGUGGCGGGUCUAAAUAGUUUGGUUUUAUUCUUUCUUCAUAUUUACAUGGAUGUUUUCAUAUUAUGUACUUUUGUUAGUGCGUCCCUUUAUUAUUUGUUUAGGAUGCUUGACCUCGUUGUUUAUACUUUUUAUAAAUUAUUUUUAGUAAAACAGUUAUUAUAUUAGGUAUUUAAGUUAGUUAAUAAAAACCGGCUCGAACGAAACCGUUUUAAUAAUUUGUUUUUAUAAAAUCUUUCAACAUUAUUUUACAUUUGUCAUUUGAAUAUAUACAAUGAUUCGUUUUUACAUAUUACAUCUUUUUAUUAAAAUGAUAAUUUUUAAUGGACACUUUGGCUGCGUCUUCAUUUAAUAUUUGUUACUAAAUUUGACCUGUUCAUAUUGAUACUUUUUAUAAUUAAUAAGGUUUUAAAACUUUUUUUGUUUGCUCUCAACAUAUGGGCAGAUGUAAAUUCCUGAUAUAAUAAAAAUUAAACUAUUUCUUCGUCCCAAACGAAAUUAUCUUUUACUAACCUUUAAUGUCAUCCGUAUAUCUCCUUGUGAACUUCCAGGUUGGUUAAAUUCUUUUGUUUUAUCCGAAAAGUACAACUUCUGUACUUGUAUCUAUAGAAUCCGGCUCGAAGGACCAAUAAUGUUCUAUAUAUUUUUAUUUUUGUAAAGAUAAAGCUUACUGUAUAUUUCCGAAAUACAUUGUAGGUAUUAGGUUGUGUAAAUAUCAUAUUUUCCAUCUUUAUGUCUUGGUUAGAAAAGAAAAUAUGUUCCUAUAAGUUGCUAUGCAUGCUACAUAUAUUUGAAAACGAAUUUUAAAGUUUGACAAUUUUUUAGGAACAUAUUUUACUUCAAUAGUGUGUGAUUUUCUAUUUUGGUACAAAUUGUUUUCUUUUAUCCUACAGGAUAGUUAUAUCGGACAUAUUUAGUUAAAGGGGUCAGUAAAAAAAAGAAAUAACAAAUAGUUUCUCUCUAAAUUAUAUAUUAUAGCAUUUUACACAUUUUAUACAAAGUGAUUAGAAAGUUGGGAAUGGUCGUAUCAUUCAAAAUCUUACCUAUACUGAUAUGCUGAAAAUUUUCUAUAAUUGAUUUUUUAGGAAAAUCGUUAUCAUCAAACUAGCUGUUUAGAUCAAUGCAUUUUCUUCUUUAUGCCGGAGUCGAUAGCUUAAAACCUCUUCUUUCAGCUGCUUUAAUUCAAAGUAGAGAUGGUAAUCACUGGGGACCAAGUCUGGACUGAGUCGAUAGCUUGAAACCUCUUCUUUCAGCUGCUUUAAUUCAAAGAAGAGAUGGUAAUCACUGGGGACCAGGUGUGGACUGUAAGAGAUUGAGAGACAUUAUUCCAUCUAAAUCUGUUGAUAAUAUCAAUUGGAACACGGACAGUGUUGUCCUAAUGGAGACGCUUGUUGUGCUGCUAAGCAGGUAUAACUACAACCCUUUCCUGUCCCAAAAGACACAUCGGUUUUGUUUCCACGCGUUGCCGUUGUGUUCAAAACUUGCUGAUAUCGGGGAUCAUCUCGCUGGGGUUUCGAAUCGUCACCCUUCGAUCUUAAGCAAUUACUCGUCCGGAGAAUGAACGUUGUGGACAGCUCGCAGCCUAACCAGCGUUCUAGCGUCCAUAGCUUCGUGAGAACCUAGUUUUUGGUUUUGACUUGUAACAGUGAAAUUUUUACUUCAAAACGAUAUUUGAGACUUCCUUUACAAUUUCCACCCUAAUGGUUAAGCAUUACUAGGUCAUCUUUGAUACAAAAUAUAUUUUGUGUACUGGUAAUCUUAAUAUAAUUAAGCCUUCAGUUUUGAUUGGUAAUUUGUUAUAGAUGUAAUGGGUUGAGGGUUGAAAUUCCUGGUGUUUAGUGGUUGGACGUUGAUACCAUUUACUUUAUUCGCUCGGGUUAUUUAGAAGCUUUCUGUUGAACAGUUUUUAAUGUUAAAGAUUCACAGUAAUUUUUUGAAUCACAUGACCGUUACCGUAGUUUCUAAAUUAACAUAUAUGCUUGUUAAAUCAAUGAUUUGUUAUUUUAUUGGUAUCAAUAAAUAGAUUGUACAUA